AGAGGCUAGCCCGCACCUCGACUCCCCAACCAUGGCGCUAGCCCUUCUCUCGCCAAUGGCGACCCUCUCCCUCCACUCCGGGAGGAUCUCGGCGGCAGCCAUCGGCGGCGGCCUCCGCCCUCGCAAGGCAGCCCCGAUGGGCGCCUCCGCCACCCCGUUCCUCCGGAGCUCCUUCGUCUCCUCCUCCUCCUCCUCGACAUCAUCCGCCUCCGCCACCGCGCUCUCGGCCGCUGUCUCGGCGUCGCUGACCUUCACCUCUGCCUCCUCAUUUGCCGGUUCAUCUUUGGGAAUUGAAUUCAGCUACAACAGAGUAACAACAGGAAGAUCCCGGAUUCUGCAGAUUAGGGCUGGAAAGGCUGCUCUGUGCAUGACCAAGAGAUCUAGAUCUAGAAAGUCACUCGCCCGUACACAUGGUUUUCGCAGGCGGAUGAGGACUACUGCCGGAAGAAAGGUCCUGAAGCGCAGACGCGACAAAGGAAGAAAGGUUCUCUGCACAAAGACGAACUCCCCCACUGGGAAGAAACGAAUGGUCUGAUUGCACUGCAUUUUGCGGCGCUCUUUAUCACAGUUGUAAGUGUACUUUUUUUUACAUCCCACAAAUCUCAGCUAUUCUCAACUGUAACAGUUGGUGCACAUUAUUUUCCCUUUUUCUGCUAAUUUGUGAACCACAUUAUCAACACAAAUUCAAGUUAGCCUUUUUGGCUGUGCAGUA